CCAUGCACAAAUGCAGGUUAAACCUCUAUUAUGUGAAGAAGAAGAGGAUCCAGGAUCUAGAAGUGACAUUAUCUCCUCUAGGCCAAAGCUCACUUAAAAUGGACAGAGGCAAAAUAGAAAACUCUUCUGUGAUCAGAUUAACCGAAAUUUUAAAUUCUUUUUGGAAAACAUGGAAGUUGCAUCCUGCAAACUGAAGAAGAGAGGGAACAUCUGGCUUGUUAUCUGUACUCGGUUCAAAAGCCUGCAUCUCUGAUGGUUUGGAAAGGUGUUGGAUAUUUCAGCAAGACAAAGCUAGACUACAUGCUGCAACUAUGACAACAGCAUGGCUUUGUAGUAGAAGAGUCCAGGUGCUGAACUGGUCUUCCUGCAGUCUACACCUUUCAGCAACUGGGAACAUUUGGAGCAUCUUGAAAUGGCGAGUUUUAUUCAUCUGUAGAAGCACCCACAUGAAAGAGGACAUUCAUCUUGGAGCAAAUUACUAACAUUUGAGUUACGGACAAAACCGCACCAUGCACUGUGUGAGCAGAGGAGGCUGCUACCUGGUGAACUCCUGGUGUGAUCUUCGGGAGGAGAACAGGUGGAAGAAGGAGAGCUAUGAAGCCUGCUGGGUGAGCCUCGUCCUUGAAACCAGACCACAGUACAGGCUGAAGCUGUCAGAGAGCGACAGCAUUCGCAGAGAGAGUUAUAAACAGCAACAGGUGGCCCACUUCAUGGUGGAGAGGAGCCCCAGCCAGAUACUGAUGCUGGGCAGCAACAGUGGAGCGAUGACAAAGCACCAGCUACCCUUAUUCAACACCAGCAGGGAGGUGGAUCGUACUACAACCAGCUUUAGGCACACAGAAGAGCCUGUUAUAAAAGAGAAGCCGAUUGCUGGAGCAGAUAGACAGGGAACAGGAGCCACCAUGGAUCAAGAUCUUAGCAAGCCGGUUAGAGUGAACUUCAGGGCCUCGAGUCUGAUGUCCUCUCCCAGGGAAACCUCUGAUCGGGUUCAGAGAAGGGAGUGAUCACAGCCUUUGUUGUAGUAGAUUUCUCAGUGGUAUUAACAAAAUCAAAUAUUCUUCUAAAAUUGACUAUUUUAGAAGUACUAUUUUUAUGCUCGAGGAUGUUAUCUCACAUGCUUUACUGAUAUUUGUAGUAGUGUCAUAUCUUCAGCAACUAAAUAAUUCUAAAAAAAAAAAAGAUGUGCUAUAAUUUGCAUAAAAGCUCUGGGUGCUGUAGAAUCGAGCCUGAUGUGAACUAUAAAUUUGUCCCAGGAGGAAAAUGCAAUUUUGUCACAGUUGGUGAUUUCUAUGGUUUGUAAAGCUUAAUUAAACACUUUCUGGAAGCUUAUUUCACAAACCUCAA